GCUCGCCAACUUCCGAAGAAACCGUUCAAUCGCGCUGUUUCAAUUGUCAAAAUUCACGUACUAUAAACGAAAUUAUAAAAUAAUUAUAUAUUAGUUAAGUGUAAUCUCCGUAAUUUUACUGACAUACAACAUUUCGAGGAACACAGUACAUAAUGGAAUUAAACCAUGUCACUUUGGAAGAUGCACAACCAUUUAGUAAUGCUGCAGGCAACAAGAAUAACACAUCGAUAAAUGAAAAACCAGAUCUUUUGUAUGGCAUAAACGACAAUCCGCCAUGGUAUUUAAGUAUAUUUUUGGCAUUUCAACAUUAUCUGACUAUGAUUGGAGCGAUUGUUUCAAUACCGUUCAUAUUAACGCCAGCACUUUGUAUGAGCGACGAAGACCCCAAUCGAGGCAUCAUAAUAUCAACGAUGAUUUUUGUCACCGGUAUUGUGACUUAUUUCCAAGCAACUUGGGGAGUACGUUUGCCUAUCGUUCAAGGCGGUACUAUUUCUUUUCUGGUGCCAACUCUGGCAAUAUUGGCUUUGCCGCAGUGGAAAUGUCCCGCGGAAAGUGUGAUAAAUGAAAUGAAUGAGGAUGACCGACAAGAGUUGUGGCAGCUUCGCAUGCGUGAGUUGUCAGGUGCGAUUGCUGUUUCGGCCAUGGUGCAAGUUGUGUUGGGCUACACCGGUUUAGUGGGGAAAAUCUUGCGUUUUGUAACACCUCUCACUAUAGUGCCCACAGUUUCGUUGGUGGGUCUGACUUUAUUUGAACAUGCUGCGGAAACGGCUUCAAAGCACUGGGGCAUUGCUGUUGGAACCACCAGUUUACUUACACUUUUUUCGCAAAUAAUGUCAAACGUAGCCAUUCCUGUGCCACACUAUCGCAAAGGACAUGGUAUUGAAUUCCGACCAUUUCUUCUCUUUCGUUUGUUUCCGGUUCUACUGACAAUAGUACUGAUGUGGGGUCUAUGUGGAAUUCUGACUCUAACAAACACUUUUGAGGAAGGACAUCCCUCUAGAACUGAUGUGCGCAUUAAUGUUUUGAUAAAUGCAAAAUGGUUUUAUAUUCCGUAUCCAGGUCAAUUUGGUGUGCCUUCUGUAACACUUGCCGGUGUUUUGGGAAUGUUAGCCGGUGUCUUGGCAUGCACAGUGGAAUCCUUAAGUUACUAUCCCACGGUGUCGCAAAUGUCUGGUGCCCAAUCUCCGCCUUUGCAUGCCAUCAACCGUGGAAUUGGAACUGAGGGUUUGGGUACAGUAUUGGCAGGUCUUUGGGGAGCUGGAAAUGGUACAAAUACAUUUGGCGAAAAUGUCGGAGCUAUUGGAGUAACAAAGAUUGGAUCUCGUCGUGUCAUACAAUGGGCUGCUAUUAUAAUGAUUUUACAGGGUGUAAUUGGAAAAUUUGGUGCAGUAUUUAUUUUAAUUCCUGACUCGGUGGUCGGCGGUAUAUUCUGUGUCAUGUUUGGCAUGAUAAUCGCAUUCGGUUUAUCAACCCUGCAAUAUGUGGAUUUACGUUCAUCUCGUAAUCUUUACAUUUUGGGUUUGUCUAUCUUCAUUCCCAUGGUCCUGUGCAAGUGGAUACAACAGCAUCCGGGAGCUAUUAAUACUGGUAAUGAAACUGUUGACUCCACGUUGACUGUACUAUUGGGCACAACUAUUCUAGUGGGUGGAGUACUUGGCUGCUUCUUGGAUAACAUAAUACCGGGCUCACCCGAGGAACGUGGACUCAUAGAAUGGGCUAACGAAAUGCCUCUGGGGGAUGAUAAUGUUAAUGAUGGUACGGCAACUGAUUAUGACUUUCCCUAUGGAAUGGAUACAUUAAAGCGGUGGAAGUGGACGUAUUAUAUACCAUUUUUACCAACAUACAAACUACAAAAGAAGUGCUGAAACAUUUUCUAUUAAUUCCGAUUUAGGAUACAUAUAUACUACUCGUAUUUACAUAUAUAGUUUUAUAUGCUAAAGAAAUAAAAUCAAAAAACAUGAA